GGACAGUGGCCAAAUACGUCUGCCCUGUCCUGCCCAUCCCCCGCAUUUUAUCUUUCUCCAACUUCUCGUCUUCAGACCCCUCAUCCCCAUAUCUUAUUUUCUCUCAUCCCUUCUCAUUCCCAUCCUUCCUUCCACCCGCCUUUCCCCCUGCUGUGACCCAGGCCGUCGUGGAAGUCCAAGUAUUGCAGCACAGGCACAAUGGCUUCAAGUACUGCCGUUACGGAGACAACGGACCCCAAGCCCAAAGCCGCCAACAAGGUCCGCAAGAGAGCGCCAAAGGCCUGCUUGUCCUGCCGGGCGAGGAAGGUUCGGUGCGAUGUCUCACAGCGGGGUCGACCUUGUAUGAACUGCUACCUCGAUAGCGAGACAUGCGUGGUAACAGGACGGGCCUCGAGAUUCCGCAGGACACAACGCGAUAACCCUGAAAACGUCCAGGCAGCAUUCCCUCCGUAUGCCCCGGACAACAUCCACCACGCUCCUACGGCAGAGGAGAUUGUCAAAUCGAGGGCUACUGGCAAACCUGUGCCUGACAAAGACAAUGCUUCUCACACGCCUGAGAAUGUCGGCCAUCGAGCCGAGCCUCUGGCCACCCCAGGACCCAGUGUAGAAAGGCCAGUGACGGCCCAGAGUCAACCACAGUCACAGUAUAACAGCCAAUUGCUCAACGGACAGCCCCGGCCUCAUCCGAUCGCACGCCCGAAUCCAUAUAUAGCUGCGUCAUUGCCUUCGCCGUCAUCACAGCAGCCCCUUCAGCUGAACUCCGAUAUCGUCUACUCAUAUUACCCCUUCCUCAGUGUCAGCAACCUCCCCAACAUGUUCCCACAAGACGUCAACUAUCUUGAGCUACAAGGCUGCUUUAGAGUACCUACUAAAGCAAUAUUGGACGAAUUUGUCCAGCAAUACUUCUUGCAUGUCCACCCACUCCUCCCACUGUUCAACGAAGGAGAUUUCUGGGAUAUCUAUUGCCAGGAAGGCCCUGUCGCGGCCUCCGGCCAGCGAAUCUCACUACUUGCGUUCCAAUCUCUAAUCUUCGCGUCAUGCAAUUUUGUAUCACGCAACAGCAUCAAGGCAUUAGGGUUUACAAGCAUCCGUACUGCGAGAGCGGCCUUGUAUAGGCGAGCUAAGCUGCUCUACGAUUUAGAGAGCGAGUCCUCUCCUAUCUGCAUCGCACAAGCGGGCCUUCUCCUCUCCUUCUGGUCGCCCUUGUCCGGCUCAGGAGCCCGGAAACCCAAUUCGACGUGGCUCAGCAUCGCCAUCCACCACGCCAGAGCCGCCGAGGCACACCGUUACUCAUCAUUCACAUCGUCGGCACCGUCCGGGCCGAACGCUGUCCCUGUUACCCAGCUGAAGAGGCAAAACACCCUCAAGCGCAUAUGGUGGUGCUGCGUCAUCCGAGACCGCGUCCUUCCGCUAUGCAUGCGCCGGGGCAUCCAGAUCACCCGGGCCCACUUCGACUUUGACGGAAACAGCCCCCUUGGCGCCGCAGACAUGGCCGACGAGGUCGACCGCUCCAAGGUCUACAAUUCCGGCACAAAGCGCGCCCUCAUCGAGAUUAUGGCUCAGGUGAUCGACCUGUGCGUUUUACUGACCGACAUGCUUGUGCUCGUCUAUCCCUUGGAUGACACCCCUGGCUGGGGGAAGAUGAUGGGGCCGAACGAGAUGGAGAGAGUGAGAGAAGCGAAGUUUGCCCUGCGGAGAUGGUAUAAGGGGGCAACCCUGAAAUUUCCAAUGUUUGGCGGAGGCAGUGGCGCAAGAAGGAGUAGCAAUAUGGGUUCUGACUCCGGCGUUGUGGGAGGCGGGAGGGAGUUCUAUCAUGAUUCGGUUAUCCUUUACACCAAUUUGAUGUACAUGUAUUACCACUCCUGCCGAGUUGCCCUCUGUCACCACGAGGUCCUCCAUCUCGCGAUUGCAUCCACGCAACCAAACGAUGGAAUCACCAGAGACGUCUCCACCAUCUACGAGAACCGCCACGAACUUCAAGAUGCUGCUUCUGGCGUUACCGAGUGCCUCAAGGAGCUGAUUCAGCUUCGCCUGGCCCGCUGGCUACCCAUCAGCGCAGUUGCAUGUACGGCACUGCCCCUGGUCCUCCACAUCCUAGAUGUGAAGCUGUCGUCUCCAAGACCAGGCAGCAAUGACGCUAGUGGCGACGCAUACAGCCAAUCUUCGCUCAAACAGCACCGCCUCAAUAUCCUCAUCGAGGCGAUGAAGACGUACCAGCCACAGUACGACGGGGUCGAUUGGAUCAGCGAGACGACCAGGCACAUCAUCAACCUGGCACAGCUAGACGCCCCUCCCGAGACAGCCGCAGCCGGGUCUGGCGACGCCAAUGCCGACGGCAGUGGCAACGGCACCAGCAACGGCAACGGCAACGGCACGGUCUGCGACUGGACCGACAUCCUAACAAGCCACCCCAGCCUGUACCUCCGCUUGGCGCUGACGAUGGACCUGUCCCUGAGCAAAGACCGCAUACCGGAGGAGGGCGACUUCCCCGCAAGCCUGCGCGGGCUGUUCACGGGCGGCUUCCACCCGCUCCAGCUCAUCUUCGGGGCCAAGGAACGCGAGGCGCAGAAGCAGAGGCAGAUGCUGAGGCCGAUCCCGGGCUCGCUGUCGUCCAUGUCGGCGGCAGGCGGCCCGUCGAACGGCUACAGGACGCCCGGGCCGGGGGCUGCGAGAGGCGGAGGCGUCGCCCCGCCGCGCAUGAUGAAGGAGUUCCUGGCCGGCGACCAGAUGCUGAGCUUUGGCAUGCAGAUGGGCAUCGACAUGGAGCUGGACGACACGGCCAUGGCGGGCAUGUGCAGGACCGAGGGGCUCCCGGACUCGGACCUGGACUCGGAAUCGGACUCGCAGUCACAGUCGCACUCGGACGACGACGACGACGGCCAGUCUGGGCGAUCGGCCGCCGCGACCAGUGAUGAUGGUGGCGGGUGCGCCGCCGCCUCUCCGGGCGGCCUGGCCCACGGCGCCGAGGACGGCCACCAUCAGCACCAGCACCAGCACCAGCACCAGCAGCCGGCCUUCCAGCCCUUCACGGCCGAGGAGAUGGACGGGCUGGAGGCGCACGUGCUCGACGUCUUCAUGCUGCACAACGAGUCGCCCGCCAGCUACGACGGCAGCGGUGGCAGCCACCACCUCAAGGGCGCGACGGCGGAGCUGUUCGGCGACGCCCUCGGGCAGGACACGGCGGGGGAGUGGAUGGAGCAGGCGUGGGCCGACGAGGGGAGGAGGAGGGAGGGGGCCGCGGACGACGGGGAGACGGCUAGGGCGCUGUUGGACGCCAUGAAGGGCGGGGAAAUUCUGGCGUGAGGUGAGGGGGGGUGCACAUUGUAGGAACUGAGGGGUAGUGGUACGCGUGUACCGCUCGGGGAUGUCUCACCUUUUUGGGAGGGCUGUGGCUUGU